GGGAGGACGUGUAGCGCCACUUAGCUGUCGACACGCACGGUAACUAAUUACAGUGCGCGUGGACGAAGCACAGGAGUAGUGAAAUCGAGUCGGACUGUUUUCAAACCUUCUUGAACUCCCAUCCAUCCCGCUUAGAUGUCGCCAUGUCCCGCACACGCGUGAACGUGUCAUGAUGCAGCGGCCGAAGCGCAAAGCCUCAUGGGAAGUGUAGUCGACUCGCUUUAACAGUCAUGUUCGGACGGAAUAACACGGUGUAGCCCCCCGAAGGCGCACCACAUCUCGUUUUUUCCAUGGACAACACGUCCAUCAUAACACAGGUUGCAAAUCCCAAAGAGGAAGAAAGCAUUUGCGCAAGUCAAGAUAAAGUCUCCCAGUCCAACAGCAGCCUCAAGAAGCACCGCAGUCGCAGCAUUUUCAGUCCAUUCUUCUGCUGCUUUCGCAACUACAAUGAAUACCACGUGGAUCCCCCUGCCGCCAACAACAAGACGCACGCCCUGCCGCUACCGCCGCCUCCCGAGGAGAACGGCGCUCUUCCCAAGUGUGACCAGGUGCAGACUGCUCCCAUCCCCAGUCCUCCAGCCAAGUUCCUCCUGCCUGAGGUCAGUAUAGCCGACUAUGGCAGGAACUGCGUGGUGAUCGACCUGGACGAGACGCUCGUUCACAGCUCUUUCAAGCCCAUUAGCAAUGCAGACUUCAUCGUUCCCGUGGAGAUUGAUGGAACUGUUCAUCAGGUGUACGUGCUGAAGAGGCCUCACGUGGACGAGUUCCUGCAGAGGAUGGGAGAGCUCUUUGAAUGUGUCCUCUUCACCGCCAGCUUAGCCAAGUACGCGGACCCCGUGGCAGAUCUACUGGACCGUUGGGGUGUCUUCCGCGCUCGUCUCUUCAGGGAAUCCUGUGUGUUCCACAGAGGAAACUACGUCAAAGACCUCAGCCGGCUGGGUCGCGAGCUCGCCAAGGUCAUCAUCGUUGACAACUCGCCCGCCUCUUACAUCUUCCACCCUGAGAACGCUGUGCCCGUGCAGUCGUGGUUCGACGACAUGGCGGACACGGAGCUCCUGGAGCUCCUCCCCAUCUUCGAGGGCCUCAGCAAGGAGGACGACGUUUACAGCCUCUUACAGAACCUGAGGGACAGGUAGCAGGGAGCGGACCCCCGCAAACCCCCCACCUGACCGGGGGUCUCACUCCCCUAAAGACUCUGUGUACAUACUCCAUGUUUCUAAUACUUCAAACAAGUACUUUUUCUAUCAAAGUCAUAUUUUAGUUACCGGAAAAAUAAUUUUGUUCCAGAGUGGGUGACUUUUUUUUGUUUUUGUUUUUUUGGGGGGGGACUUUCUCGUGCAAAAUUGUUACUUUAUCUUCUCUUUCAGAAUGAAGUGCCUUCAUUACUGUGCUGGUUUCCUCGUGUCGAGUAGGGAGCGCACUUUGUUACUCCAAUACCACCCCCUCAAAAAACAAAAGUAUAAGCCAAGCGCUAAUCUGAAUUAUUGCCAUACUAUUUAAUGAGAAAAUCGGAUUUCGUUGGAUUCAAUUAAUGACGCGUUGCCGUUUUGAGUGAUUUCUGUUCUUUCCAAUGACGGAACAUCAGCAUCCACUGAUUCAAUGUUGAGAAAAAAUAUAUUGAUUAGCAUAGAUGAUAUGAAAUUCUAUUUAUUGGGGGGGGUCAGUAAAGGGUUCUGGUGCAUAGUAAUAUAUUGAAAGAAAAAAAUUAUAAAUCCAAAAGGUACUGUACAACAUGAUUAAAGCUGCAAGUUUGCAC